AUGGGGAAACGAGGUCUGAAUUUCAUCGCAUUGAUGUUAUGUCGUUCGCUUGAGCACACCGAAAACAAGCCGGCAGCAUCCGUCGUUUCUUCCCAGCUUGAUUCUGCCUUUUUGGUGUUCUAUAGGAAGAAAUACUCUCAAGACAACAAGAGCCCUGCCUUAUACUUGUCGAUACAGCAGCUAAGAGUCAUCGAGUACACACAAUCGUUAUUCGAAAGGAUGUCGGAUAAUCCGCGGGCUUCUAGCGAUGAGCAGCAGUCACGUACCUCAAGACGCAUGUCUCGUGCGGAGAGGAGGAUGUCGCGAGCUGUCAGUGUUGCCCAAGACCAAAGUCUUGACGAGUACGAAAGAUUGGUUCGAUAUGUGUCUGUCUACAGAGAGCCAGGGAUGACCGAUAUCGAGAACGAAGAAGGGGAGAUGAAACGUGUCUGGUAUGCACCAUGGCGCAGACAAUAUGUACCCAAUCCAGAAUCAACAGAGGCAAAGCAAAUGUUCCCUGACGAGUGGCUCCUCACCGACAUCAAACAAGGUCUAUCUGAGGCAGAAGUCAACAACCGUCGGCGUCGUUCGGGUUGGAAUGAAUUGAUCUCGCAAAAAGAAAACCCAAUUGCGAAGUUCAUGUCCUAUUUCCAAGGACCGAUUCUUUAUGUAAUGGAAAUCGCCGUGCUGCUUGCAGCUGGUCUCAAGGAUUGGGUAGAUUUCGGCGUCAUCAUUGGAAUUCUCUUUCUCAACGCCACGGUUGGCUGGUACCAGGAGAAACAGGCUGCGGAUGUUGUAGCCAGCCUCAAAGGUGAUAUCGCACUACGAUGUCAGGUAGUUCGUGAAGGACGUGAGACCGAAGUAUUAGCUCGUGAAUUGGUUCCCGGAGAUGUGGUCAUCGUCCAAGAAGGGACUGUUGUUCCAGCUGAUUGCAAAGUGAUAUGCUCAUACGAUGACCCAAAUGGUUUUGAGGAAUUUAAGAGAAUGCAGGCAGAAGGCGCUCUUGAUGAGUCUUCAGGCGAGGAAGAUAAAGGACAAGAAGGCGGCCAGGAGCGAGAAGAAGAUGAGAAAAUUACAGAUGGGGAAUCGGCUGCUAAGGGGAAGGGAGGACAGGAUUCCAGAAAAAAGAGCGAAGGCGGCCAAUCGAGCGAUGAUGAUGAAGAAAAGGAAAGCCGAAAAGGCUAUCCAAUUCUCGCCUGCGACCAUUCCGCAAUUACUGGUGAAUCUCAUGCCGUUGAUCGACAUAUGGGCGAUCCCGUUUAUUACACGACAAAUUGCAAAAGGGGAAAAGCGUAUACCGUCGUUCAAGUGUCGGCCAAAAAUUCUUUCGUUGGGAGAACUGCUAGUAUGGUCGCAGGGGCGGGGGAUAAAGGUCAUUUUGAAAUCGUCAUGGAUCGAAUCGGUACCUCGCUCCUCGUUCUGGUGAUGGCGUGGAUCCUCGCGGCGUGGAUCGGUGGCUUCUGGCGUCACAUCCCUAUUGCAAGUCCUGGUAAACAGACACUGUUGGAGUACACUCUAGUGCUACUGAUUAUCGGUGUCCCGGUCGGUCUGCCUGUUGUUACCACCACAACUAUGGCAGUUGGAGCGGCCUAUUUGGCACGCAGAAAGGCAAUUGUUCAGAAAUUGACAGCUAUAGAAUCACUUGCAGGAGUCGAUAUCCUGUGCUCCGACAAGACGGGGACCUUGACUGCAAACAAAUUGAGUAUAAGGAAUCCAUAUGUGGCCGAAGGAGUCGACGUCAAUUGGAUGAUGGCAGUGGCUGUUCUGGCGUCUUCGCACAACAUACAGUCUCUGGACCCCAUCGACAAAGUGACACUUUUGACUCUCAAACAAUAUCCAAAGGCAAAGGAAAUCCUGAGGGGCGGAUGGAAAACAGAAAAAUUUACCCCGUUUGACCCGGUAUCAAAACGAAUUGUUACAGUGUGCACAUGUCAAGGUGUCCGAUAUAGCUGUACGAAGGGAGCCCCAAAGGCAGUACUCGGAUUGACUAAGUGUUCUCAAAGAACUGCGGACUUAUACAGAAAAAAAGCACAAGAGUUUGCUCAUCGUGGUUUUAGGUCACUGGGUGUGGCCGUACAGAAGGAAGGGGAAGACUGGCAGUUACUCGGCAUGAUGCCAAUGUUUGAUCCACCGCGUGAGGAUACUGCGCAGACAAUCUCUGAGGCCCAAGCCCUCGGGAUCAGCGUCAAAAUGCUUACGGGUGAUGCUAUUGCUAUCGCAAAGGAGACAUGCAAAAUGCUUGCACUAGGGACGAAGGUUUACAAUUCAGAACGUCUAAUCCACGGUGGGUUGAGUGGCGCAAUGGCUCACGAUUUAGUCGAAAAAGCAGACGGCUUCGCAGAAGUAUUUCCUGAACACAAAUAUCAAGUGGUUCAAAUGCUUCAAGAACGAGGACACCUCACUGCAAUGACAGGAGAUGGAGUCAAUGAUGCACCAUCUUUGAAAAAGGCAGAUUGCGGUAUCGCCGUGGAAGGCGCCUCAGAAGCAGCACAGUCAGCAUCGGACAUUGUUUUUUUGGCACCAGGACUUUCGACUAUCAUCGAAUCAGUCAAGGUGGCUCGUCAAAUUUUUCAUCGUAUGAAAGCCUACAUCCAAUACCGAAUUGCGCUGUGUUUGCACCUAGAAAUUUACCUGGUCACCACUAUGAUUAUUCUCAACGAGACGAUCCGAGUGGAAUUGAUUGUCUUUUUAGCGCUCUUUGCGGAUCUAGCAACAGUGGCAGUAGCAUACGACAAUGCUUCUUUUGAAUUGAGACCCGUAGAAUGGCAGCUGCCAAAGAUCUGGUUCAUAUCGGUCAUACUGGGAAUUCUCCUGGCCUUGGGAACUUGGGUCAUCCGAGGUACAAUGUUUCUCCGUAACGGGGGUAUCAUUCAAAACUGGGGCUCGAUCCAAGAAGUCCUUUUCCUCGAAGUGGCGCUCACAGAGAAUUGGUUAAUCUUUGUCACUAGAGGCGCGGACAGUUUACCGUCCCUUCCACUGGUAGGGGCAAUAGUUGGCGUCGACAUUCUGGCCACGAUCUUUUGUCUCUUUGGGUGGUUCACCAAUCAAGACAUGCCAACCGAUCCUCCUGAUCAGUACGUCGAGACAACGAAUGGAUGGACGGACAUAGUUACAGUUGUGCGGAUAUGGUGUUAUUCGCUCGGCGUGACCAUUGUCAUUGCUUUGGUGUAUUUCACGCUCAACAAACUCGAGUGGUUAGACAAUCUCGGGCGCAAGGCAAGAAGUAAAGGCGAUAUUCAAAUGGAGAACAUCCUCGGUCACUUGUCUCGAGUCACGAUAGAGCAUGAAGAGCACGGAAAGGUAGAGAGCCGGUAUUGUUUGAGUACGGCCCGUGAGGAAGAGGAUGGAGAAUAA